UGUAUGCCACGUAAUAGAAAUGUCAAUGCCAAAAUUGUUGCGGUUGUAAAGGUUUUUAAUUCAACAAAAAAGACAAUAUUAAUACAAUAUAAUAUUAGAUAGCCGCUAUAAGGCAUUUGUAUAUUUUUACCAUUUCCAAUGGGUUCCUCCCACAGUACUGAAGUGCCAGGAGGCGGCUCUGAAGGAUAUCAUGUUUUACGGGUCCAAGACGGGUCUCCAGGUCAAAAAGCAAACCUUGAAGCAUUUUUCGACUUUAUCGUAGCUAUAGAAAACAUUAGACUGGACCAGGAUAAUGACACCCUAAAGGAACUGUUAAAAAAUAAUGUUGAAAAAACAAUAAAAAUGUUAGUUUACAGUAGUAAAACUCAAACUGUGAGGGAAGUAAUGAUUGCUCCUAGUGCAAACUGGGGUGGUCAGGGUUUACUUGGUGUUAGCAUCAGAUUUUGUUCCUUUGAAGGAGCUAAUGAAAAUGUUUGGCAUGUGUUGGAAGUUCAUCCAUCAUCACCUGCAGAAUUAGCUGGUCUAAGGCCAUUUUCCGAUUACAUAAUAGGAGCAGACUCUAUUAUGCAUGAGAGUGAAGAUCUAUUUACAUUGAUUGAGGCCCAUGAAGGCAGAGCUCUGAAGCUUUAUGUGUAUAAUGUAAAUGAUGAUACUUGCCGUGAAGUGCAUAUUACACCAAAUCACAAUUGGGGUGGUGAAGGUAGUCUUGGAUGUGGAAUAGGCUAUGGGUACUUGCAUAGAAUUCCAAUAAGAAGUGCCCAAACUUUGCCAGCUCAGCAAGCAUAUAAGGCACAAACAGUAAACACUCCACAGAACUUAGUAGCUGGUGUUCAGAAUAUGAACAUAAAUGAUGAGACUCCAUUGAUGAAUGCACCACAACCAUCACCACAAGUGGAGUACCCUGUAACUACACCACCACCAUUCCUGUCAGGUGUUCCAAUGGUAAAUCCAGGAUCCUAUGUUCCUGGUACUAAUGCUGGCAGCCCUGUUAUGCCUCAGCAGCCACAAGCACAGCAAAUAAUCUCAUCACAGCAACCUACGUCUCAAACACAAUCUGUGGUAUCUAAUAUGGCAGCCUAUUCAAGCAACUUAGCAGAUGCAACAUUGACUAAUUUGGGAAGCAUACCCUCUGUAUCUAAUAUGCAACCUCCAGCUCCAUUGCCCAAUUUACCUGGUAUUCCUAUGAAUCAACCACAGCCCUACAUACCGAUGAUGCAGAACUACACGGCAUCUCAAGUACCUACUCCAGCAUAUACUCAGAGUGCACCAAACUUAGUUCCAACUUUCGAUAUGAAUAACUUUGCCCAGGCGCCCAUCCUCCCGCCGCCUUUGUCUACGGGACUUCCAGUGGUCACGCCUGUCUCACUGCCAGGGAUGCCGUCUAUAACAGUAAGUGCCACUCUCCCUGUCUCGACCAUGCAAGAAAUACACCAACAACAGUCACAGCAACACCAAGAUUUAUUAUCGUGAAAUGAUAAAAUUGUUUUAUUGUAUGCCUAUUUAAUAUUGUUAAGCGGAGACAUCUCUUAUUGGCCCAAAUUUAUGUUAGUUUAUUUUAAAUUUUAUGUUGUAAUCAUGCACCUGGAAGGCAGGUUAAAUGAUUUUAGCAUUGUAUUAUAAAAUAAUAUAAUUUCCAAUUAAUGUAACUUUAUCAUAAACAAGUGCAAAUGUUGAAGAAGUGUACCAAAAACUAGGUACUUGACAAAUACACUUUAAGUUUCAUCUUUGUUCUGCUUUCAAGUUAUUUAUGAGUGAUUCUUAAAAAUGAUAAUGUAAAAGAUAAACAAUAAA